AUGCGACGCGCCGACGAAAAUCGUCACCGUGCUGUGAACCAUGUCGCGAACGCCAGUCUCGGUGCGACGGGAGGAAACCCAUCUGCGGGCCUUGCACUCAACGGUCGCAUGCGGCUAACCGAUGUCUGUAUAGACGCAACAUUGUCAGGAUAUUGGACACUCAGGAUCCUUCAUCGUCAUAUUCGCGAACUGGAAGAGGUUUGCCACGAAGCUGGAAUACCAGUGCCAACGUUUAAUCCAGAUGCUCCAUCCAUGGACUCAGACGAGGAGACACCUCAAAUUGGCUUGGGAAUUCAAUUUGAUACUCCGCCAGCUUUCCCAAAUCAGGGAAAUACUCGCGCCUUUCCACCUCCCAUAAAGCCGGAAACCUUCCCUUCCCUUCUAACAAACCCGCAGGAGGGUGAUUUCAACUUACUGAUAGCCAGUAAUCUCUGUGGCAGUAAUGAAGGAUUUUCAAAGCAACCGAAUACGUUUCUGGGAAGCCCACCAAGUGCGUGUCUCGUACGCCUUUUGACCCAAGGCCAUCUGCUGAGAGACAUCCCCCAUGGUCCUGCUCAUGCUCAUUUAGAUGGUUCCCUUCUACCGCCACGGGAUUUUGCCGACCAUCUGUUGGGUUGCUUCUGGGAUCGGGUUUACUGCCUUUAUCCUUUCUUUGACCGAUCCAGUGUCCAAGAUGCCUACGAGGGUCUCUGGACAUCCGCCAACACGGAAGGCCAAAAGUCGAGUGAACUCAACAUCGGCCUGGGCGGCAAGUCUGACUCCGGUCGCCAGUCACCAGUCUUUAUCUGUGCACUGAACAUUAUGUUCGCACUCGGGUGUCACUUUGCCGAGAUCUCGGUUCCAGAUCGGAAUGGCAUAGCGCAUACCUUCUUCCUUCGGGCCAAACAGAAUAUUGGCCUGGAUCUGCUCGAGGUCCGCACUAUUGGCGCUGUCCAGACCCUCUUGAUGGCUUCAUUAAUUUCGCAGGGGCUUGGGCUUCACGAAAAUCGACCAGACAGCUUCAAGGACCCUCUGGAAUUGGAAAUUCAGCGUCGCACAUGGCAUGGGUGUGUCAUGAUGGAUACGAUCGCGAGCAUGGCUUGUGGGAGGCUUAGUACAACGUCUUCCUUGCCUGUAAUCCCACUGCCAACAGGAGUCGGCCUCGCGCCUACAGGCACCAACAACCCGUAUUUGACAGCCUUCUACCCCGCUAGUCUAGAGCUGGGUAGCAUUCUAGACACGGUCUUGUCGGCUGUGCACAAAGCACGGUGCGACCGAUCGCGCACCCCGGCUAGCUCAACAACUACACAACAGGACGGAGUAGAUGUCGUGGUUAAACUGGAAGAAAAGCUAGCCCAAUACAAAGGCGAUCUUCCCGCGGUCCUGAGAUGGGAUCAUCCUUUUAACCCAGCAACUGACGUAACUCAAUUGUCAACUUUGAGGCUCCAGAGAAAUGUUUUACAUGCCAGAUUCCUUUACGUGCAGAUCCGACUCUACCGUGCCGCCUUUACCCAUCUCUGCUCUGAGAUGCUGGCUCAAGAGGAUUCCGAGACCGACCACCAUGACCCGGCCCUUCGGACGCUCUAUUCAUCGACGUUGUCCAAGCGUGCAGCCGCCUGCGCAAAAGCAGCGAUCGAGUUGGUCUCCCUGGUCCAUGACAACUACCAAACCACCACUACCAACACCUGGUGGUACAAUUGUUUCUACACGUCGGUUGCGGGUAUGGUCCUCGUCAUGUCCUACACCUGCGUGCCCGCCCUGUCCAACAUCGAGAAAACUGCCGUCCACGAAGCUUGGCGUCCUGAGUCAAGCCAUGUAGAUGGCGUCGAGAACCCUUUCGCCGACGAUGCAGAGGGCUUGUUCAACGGAGCGAACUGGCUGGGCAGUGCCGUGGCUAUGGUGGGACUGGGAUUCCUGUGCCCGGCGGAUUUUAAAUGGUUUCAGAACUGGUUGGCAGAGGAGAUGCCAGUAGUUCUCGCCAUGGAGCUCAGCUCCGUAGACACGCCGCAACCGCCCGAAGUAACCCUCUUCGCAGAUGAUAACACCGGUCUAUUGCGACCGCAAGAGACAGUCGACUUGGAGGCAUUUUUGAGUGUCCUCACCUCAACGAUCGUCCACCCAAGUGAUACUAAUGCUAUUCUACAUUAUAGCUUCGCCCAAAAUAAAUCGCUGGAGGAAUACGGCGCCCAUCUCAGCCUGCCCACUGAUUACCGGAACACGUUCGCCGCGGACCUGAACUCCUCGUUCCACACCGAGUAUGGCUUUACCGGGAGCGCAAUCACCCACCACAUCUCAUGGUCCCUGUUCAAGAUCAAGAUGGUCGAAGAACCGGGCAAAUACGCCUGGAUCCAGGCUUCCGUCUUCAUCAACUGGGAUCUGCAAGCUAAUCAGCAAAGAAUCUUCUUCGUUGGUGUCCCCGACGCGGAACGCAAGCAGCUCGAACAAACCUUUCCUGCCCGCGACAUGAGAGAUCGGAACCCGUAUAUCUGGCACGCGGUAUUUGCGCACGCAAUGUCGAGUCUAUACCACGACUCGUUUUGGAAGCAGCGGCAUGUCAUCAGGGAAAUAGAGAAGAUCCGAAAUGCAGACAGCGAGAACCUGCCCAAGUUCCUGAAGGGCCUCAACGAUAGCGCCCGCCAUGCCGUGCAUCUGAAUGAGACUAUGGAGGUCGCCGAGCAUACCAUGAACAGGCUGCUUACGGAGCAUUCACGCUGGAGAGAUGAGUUCCCCGAGUAUGUGAUGGGGGAGAACAAUGCCGUCCGCGGCACCUUUUUCCAGACGAGGCAGAAAUUGGCCUUCGUCGCGAAAGAAAUCCAUUCCGCUAGGGUUAGGUCUAGGACUCUGUCUGAUCGGUUGGCGAGCGAGAUUCAACUCGCCAACACCCUCGUCUCCCACCAAAUGAGCCGCCACACCCGCUACGACAGCAUGGUAAUGAAAACCAUCAGCUUCGUGGGUAUGAUUUAUCUACCGGGGACAUUCGUUUCCGGCAUCUUCGGCUCCAACUUCUUCGACUACCAAUCCGGCACAAAGGAGUCGUGGGAAAUGUCCCACAAGUUCUGGCUGUACUGGGUUGUGACCAUUCCGCUGACGCUGGCGACCUUUGGCGUCUGGGCGUUGUGGCAUUAUCGGGCGAAGUUUGGGGGCUUCUUCCCCCGUAGAAGACGUCCAGUAGGGGAUGCUAGUGAGAAGGUUUGA